AUGCGGAAUUUCCCACAGGAGAGUAUGAGAAUUGGAUGCAGUGUCAAGUACUUUUCCCGCAUGCAAACAUCGGCGGCCAGUCAGCGGCCCCAUGAACGGGACUCAUUACUGGAGUGGGCUGCAGUGUGCAAGGCGGCGUGGUACGACAUGCAGAAAGGCAAUGGGGCUGAGGGGGAGAGACUGUCGGUCAAAGCAAUGGAAGCUCUGACAAAGCAUCUAGGUCCAGAACAUGAAGAUACGCUAGAAAGUGGGCAUAUGGUGGGUUUAAUAUAUACGCUUGAGGAUCGACGGAAAGAGGCAGAAGAGCUGCAAAUGCAGGUGAUGAAGAUGAGGAAGAAGUUGCUGUGUGUGGAGCAUCCUGACACUCUGGUCAGCAUGGGCAACCUGGCGUGGACGUAUAGGAAUCAAGGAAUCAAGGGCGAUGGAAUGAGGCAGAAGAGCUGGGAGUUCAAGUGA